AAAUAUGCGUUGUACUUAUUUUAAUAAUCAUUACAUAUUUCCGGUAGUGUAUGCCGAGUACAAACGCAUAUGCACAAACAAACAAAAACUCAUAAUAGUGACGAUAAACACUACUGCGUGGCUAAACUAGCAGGAAUGGUUCCGAAGAGUGGAACAACAAUCUGUUUAAAGGUCGCCGUAUUGAUGUCCAUCGUGGAAGCAUCUGUAUACUCAGAUCCGUUCUCGUGCUAUGCUGACAUUUGCAAUGAUAACGCCGAGGCGCAGUUUUGUGACGUUGUCGCCAGGAAAUGUCGUCAGUGUAGCGAUGUCAGAGACGACUGUUUCACUCGACUUCAGACACUUAACUGCACACAGUUCUGUUAUGAUGUAAGAUGUAACUCUGACAGAGAGAAGAUUCGUGUUGCGGGAUGUGAUGUUCGAUCGACGCCAAGAAACGGUCACUAUAAAGUCAACACGACACGGGUAGCAUACAAUGCCACGUUAGAUGUCACCUGCGACAUUGGGUAUGCCCUUGUUCAAACUGAGCCUUUCAAAUGCAGCAAUUUUUCAAUGUGGAGUGGGCCAAUACCUAAAUGCAAAGGUAUAGCGGUUAUCAUUUCGUCAGUUGCAAUGUAA